AUGAUGCGCCACUCUAAAAACUGUACUGCUCAUACUGUUUAUACAUAUUACGAGAGGAAAAAUGAUGCUCGCAGAUCAGGCUUUGGUACACAGGAAAUCCGUUUGGGAAAGGAUUCAGUGAAAGCUCUUGAUUGUUGCUGUCUUUCUCUGCAGCCAGCAAAAGAUCCUGUGGUUACAACUGAUGGAUUCCUUUAUGACCGAGCAGUUAUCUUGGAAUAUAUUGUUAGUCAGAAAGCUGAGACACAACGAAAAAUUAAACUGUAUGAAAAACAGAAAGCUCGUCUAGACGCUGAGGCUAAAUUGUUCAUCAAGGCCGAAAAAGAAGAAGUAGCCCGACGCUUUUUAUCACUGAAUACUUUAGACACUCAUUCACAAGCGUCUGCACAAGCAGCUGAAGCAGAGGCUCUCGCCUCCCUAUCCCAUAAACGCAGUGGUGUGGCUGAAAAGAGUUCCUGUUUUUGGGCUCCCUCUGGCACAUCAGAUCAGAAGUUUGACAAGGAACUUAUGAGUGAACCCGACAAAAUUGUACGCUGCCCGAUGAGCGGCAAACCUCUGAAGUACAAAGAUCUAGUCGGUGUAAAGUUCACCAACUUUGAAGAUGAUUCUGAAGUCAUGGGGUUCAGUCAGGCUAAACCAACGAACCGCGAAGUUAAAUAUUGUUGUGCAGUUUCCAAAGAUCCACUUACAAACGCAACUGUUCGUGUUGUUCUUAAGACUUCUGGUGCGGUUGUCACUAAAGAAGUCGUGGAUACUGUGAUAAAAAAAGAGAUGAUUGACCCGAUUAGUGGGAAAAAAAUGAAGACGGAUGACUUCAUCGAACUGCAAAGGGGGUCCCUUGGUUUUGCUGAUGAGAGAACAUUAUUAACUGCUAAACGUGUCAGGCCUUCUAUGCAAACUUGAGACUUUCAUUU